AUGAGUCAGGAACCUGAAAAUACUUCUGAUUAUAAUUCUAAUCAAGUUAAUGAUGCUGAUUCUUACAGAGACUACCAGCCUAGUUUACCUCACACAGACUCUCAAAUAUCCCAAGCAUCGACCAUUACCGGUAUGGAUCAGUAUAGUGGGAUUGAAGACGAUGAUGAGAGUCAUAAGGACAUUAAUAGUGACAUUGAUAAUAAGUUAGAUGAGUUAAUUGGCCUUCGAGUUAGUGGCUCUUCAUAUGACCCUCUCAGUGAAAGAGAAAGCGACAGAGGGUAUUAUGACGAACAUCAUAAGUCAUUCAUUAAUGGAAGUCAGCCGUUUUACAGUAGCAAUGGAAUAUUUAAUCAUGAUAACCAUGAAUCUGCGGAGGAUAUUGAAAUGAUGAAUAAUGGUUCAUCACGAUAUGAAUCUGAUAGUGAAAGUGGUCCACAAUCAAGUAAGCGAAUUAAAAGAAAAAAGCUGGACGAAAUCUUAAGGCGUGAAGACGGAGAGACCGAUAUGGAUGAUGAAACAAUGACAGAUGCUGAUCAAGAACUAGAACAAGAGACUGUCUUUCCUCCAAUACAAGAGGGUUUGUGUGUUGAAUGCCGAGAUCAGGAAGCUUCAUUCUUCUGUGAACAGUGUAAUGAAGACUUUUGUGAAGUAUGUUUUGCCAUGAUUCAUCGCACAGGAAGUCGGCGGAAUCAUACCAAAAAAAAUCUGAAAAAUGAACAAAGCAGUGAUACACUAGGAAAUAGCUCACAAGGUGUUGAACCUAUUUCGAAGCAAACUUCAAACGGUUAUACGAGCUUUGAAGAAACGUCUUUUGACGAUCCGGAUGUCGAAUCCAAAAUGACUUCGUUUGGCUCAUCAAGAGACGAUAUGGCAUCCGGAAAACGUUUAGUGGAAC